CAAAACGCUUAGCGCCUCAUGUCGUACGGCAAAGCGCUAAGCCUUCGGUUUUGGUAUUCACGUUGCUGUGCGAACGCUUCGGGUUCAAAACGCUUGGCACAUAUUGGCAACGGUGGUUGUUCCAGUGUUACCAACAUAUUUGUCUCCAAUGUCACCAAUGUUAUAUAACCACAGUACUAAAAAAGUUUCUAUUUCUGGCAUUAUGAUGGUUGUCACUUGUCAGAUGCGUUUUGUCAGUGUCACUCGAGUUUCGAAAUGUCUCGUAAACAAAUUUCCAUUUUACAAAAAACUAUGCUAAUUGAUUUCCUGGAAGACCACCCGGAAUUGGUGUCUCAAAAACAAACAAACCAAUACACCAGCGCAGACGCCCGCAAGUUAUGGGUGGAGUUGAGCGAAAAGUUAAAUGCAAUUCCUGGGGCCACUAAGCAAUGGACUGAAUGGAGAAAGACCUGGACAGAUAUGAAAACCAGAGCAAAAAGGAAGAAGUCAGAAAAUAAAAAGGAAGCUAGCCAGACCGGAGGUGGACCAAGCUUGGCAGAGAGCUUGAAUGAAAUCGAUGACAAAGUCUUGGAAAUAAUGGGGGGAGAAAUCUUAAUUGAAGGGCUCCAAGUGCCAGAAUUAGGAUUAUUAUACACCUUACCGAAAGAAGCUGAGGUUGGCGAAGUGCCUGUAUGCAAAAGUUAUCCUGUACAUGAUAAUGAUGACAAGGACAAGGAAUGAAUGAAUGAAUCUUGAAUUUUAGAGGCAUCCCGGCCACCAUAAGGAGCCAGUGCAUAGGCCACUUAAGCGGGCCCUUAUGCACCUCUACAAUACUUAAAUCACAAGCCUCGCCCUUUUAGCGAAGUUGAGAAUCGCCUUGAGUCCAAGCUCCUUUACGUCCUGAGGGUCCAAAGUAAUGGACCCCAGUAUAGUCUGCCUAUAGUAGCUCAGAGCUUCACAGCAACACAAAACGUGCGCCGAGGUCUCUUCCUCUACUCCGCAGCGUUCGCACAAGGGAUCCUCAGCCACCCCCAUCACGUGCAGGUGCCGCCUUAACGUGUUAUGGCCAGACAACAGUCCCACCAGCAACCUUAGGUUGGCUCUACCCAGAGAUAGGCAGAAGCGUCCAUCCUUAGCACUGGGCCCUUCAAUGAGCUCUCGUGCCUGGCGGAGAUGUCUAGAGAUACUUCUCCAUUUCUGAGAGUGUUGUCUUGCAACCCACGUCUCCAUUUUCCUCCUAGCUUUAUGCGCGGUUACUCCUAGAGCUGGCUCAGGACCAACGAGCUUGCUGGCUGAUCCUGUUUUCGCCAGAGUGUCCGCCGUCUCAUUGCCCCUUAUCCCAGCGUGCCCCGGUACCCAUAUUAACGAUACCGGAUGCCUCGCUGCGAGGCAAUCCAGAGCCUCCCUGCAUUGCAAUACAAGACUCGAACUAAUCUUACAUGCACUUAGUGCUUUCAUUGCAGCCUGGCUGUCGGAUAAGAUUGUUAUUCUUCUCCUAGGCCCACCCUCCUCCAGAAUGUGAGAUACACAAGCCAGAAUCGCAAAGAUUUCCGCCUGGAAAAUGGUGGUGUACUCACCGAGAGGCAGAGAUAGCCUAGUUCUAGGUCCAGAGACCCCAGCACCUGAGCCCUCUUCGGUGACCGAGCCGUCCGUGUACCAGACCUGCCCGCUCACUUCGGAGAGUCCUCGGCUACCGGCGUCCCACUCCUCCCUCGUGGGGGGUACUCCACAAUGAACUUGCGGUUGAAGCGAUAUUUAGGGGUAAUACGAUCACCCCUGCUUAGAAGGACGGGGUCCUCCCUUUCUAAUUCGACUAAUAUGGCAGUAUGCCCCUUGACCGGAUUCAAGAAAGCCCAGCUGCCCUGACUCCACAGUCGAUGAGCGACUACUCUCGCUUCACCGCGGAUCACCAGAUCCAACGGUGGGAGAUCCAACAGAGCUUCCACUGCACUCAAUGGCGUUGUUCGCACUGCGCUUGUAAUGCUAAUACAGGCCAAACGCUGAAUUUUAUUGAGUUUAGCCUUAGUUGACUCAGUUCUAAUGCAAGACCCCCAGACCAGGGAGCCGUACAAGAGAGAUGGACGUACUAUCGUCGUGCAGAGCCAGUAUACCACUUUGGGUUUAAGCCCCCACCUUACACCGACAACACGUCUACAAGCCCACAUCGAAUUGCGAGCCUUGCUAACCUUGUGUUCCACAUGCUCUCUCCAGUUCAGUUUGCAGUCCAGGAUAAUUCCCAGAUAUUUCACUGACUGGGACAAAACUAAUCUAGUCCCAAAGAAGGUAGGCAUGACCAGUCCGUCAAGCCUUCUUCUCCUAGUGAAUAGGAUCAGCUCGGACUUUUCAGCAUUAACAGAAAGAUCGACUUCCCUACACCACGAUUCCACGGAGCGCAGAGCGCCCUGCAUAAUUUCCGAGACUGUUCUACAGAAACGCCCCCUAACCACUAUGCUUACGUCAUCAGCAUAGGCUUGCACGUAGACACCCAUACUGUUGAGCCUAACGAGCAGUUCGUUCACCACGAUACACCACAGUAGGGGUGACAGAACUCCACCCUGAGGGCAGCCUCUAGCUACGUUCACGCUGCAGCUUACGUUAUUCAGCAUAGCUGUUGUUACCCGACCCUCCAGAGUAGAGAGGACCC